GAACUCAGAUCCCACCUCCUCCCAACACAUGGAUGGUCAACCUCUUUGCCCGCUUUUCCUUUCCGUACUCCAAGGUUUUCUAGUCCACCCACAAUAAAACCUGCCCGGACUGCCCAAGUAUUACCGACUUUCCACGCCCUUUUAUCACACCAUCGAUUUGAGCGAGGUCUCAGCAAGGUUUCCCUUGGCAAAAAAGAAAAAGACCAGUCACCAUGGCUAAAUUCUACGCCACCACCGCCGUGUUAUUCUUCCUUUUCACCCUCAUAGUCGCCCGAUCCCCACUAAAACCACUGGAAAAAGAUGACGACACCACCUCUAAAUCUCAAUCCCUACCUGCCGACCACGAGAGCUCCGUAAUUCGCAUCCCUACGGCGGAGAUUCUCAACGCCGACGAAAACAACCACCGAAUUGAACCUGAUUCUUUGAUCGUUCACUCUGUACCGUUGGAUCUGGCCACCGCUAGAUUCCGUCCGAUCAACCGCCGGUUCUAUUCGAGGACGAAGCAUCCCGUGCACAACUGCCGCCACCACUACCAUCUCAACCGUGACGACUUCUUCAAAGGGAAUUCCGUGGAAAGGAAGGAACGCUUAGAGGUUCCCUACGGUGAUGAUAUGCUCGUUUCCUCCGGUGAAAACAGUGAUUUUGAGGAACCACCAACUUUCCGCGGCGUACGGGGGAUUCCCAGCCGGUGGAUGAGACUGCACCACCAUCAUCAGCACCAACACCAUGACGACGACGACGACGACGACAGUGUUACGAGGAUCAUGUUAAAACGUAAGAUUGUUGAUCGACUCAAUGGAGAAAAUAAGUGGAAGAAACAUUUUGGUGGUGAAAAUGAGAAAGCAAAGGAUGAGAAGAAAGUGAAAAGUAAUAGUUUGAUGAAGAGCAUGCGCAAGUUUUUAGAUCGUUAUUUCUAGAUUUUGAUUCACCUAUCUAGUUAGUAUGCAAUGGAUCAGCCAUAUAGAAAAUAAAAUAAAAUAAAAUAUUUGUAUUAUUAUUA